AUGGACCUUCCUAGGGUGCUGCUCGCCGCUGCCAGCGCCGUUUGCCUGUGCCAGGCCGCAUCCCUGAGCCCGCUGUACAAGUACGCCUUUGAAGCGGCGCCGUUUCAGGAGGUGCAAUUCACGGCGGGAGCAUCACCUGUAGUGCUCAGUGGGCGAAGCCCCAAAGAGUGCUCAAGCCCGCUGGACUUCAGCAAUGCGAACGUGUCGUUCGUGGCCUUGGCCCUUACGGACUUAGGGCAGGGAUGCUUCAGCAGCACUUCGUACGCCAACGGUGACUUUCCAGUCGUCAUUGGUACCCUUCAGUUGGGUACGGAAAGCUUAGAGGCUUUCGAAGUGCAGCCACCACAAGCAUCAGCGUCGCAGUUUGUUGCCAGUGGCCAACAGCUGUACGUACGACUGCCCGACACCUCUGAGUACAGGCUCUAUCGCUUGGAAGGUGGUGUCCUGUUCCCUGUUGCGCAGAUGAAAGCGGAUGUUGCCGACAGCUUCGUUCCAACUGGUGUGGCGGUACAGAGCUUGUCCACAGCAGCUGUGUUCACAGUGCUAGCAGCAGAUCGUGUGAUUCCUGCCCCGACCAAGAGGACGCUGUCGGGACAUGGCGUGACCGAGUGCGCUGGCAUCUUCCCUGAGGCUGAGACGUUUGGGGACAUCACUUUGGCCACCAUGGAGAGCAACGGCGGAACCUGCUGGAAGGACCUGCGGUACUCCAACACCAACUACGUCCUGGAGCUGGGCGAGCUUACGGGCACUGACGGGACCGUGCUGGAAUCCGUCCGCAUCUCGCCACCCAGCAUCCUGGCCACAGACUGGGUCGCUAGCAGAACCCAGCUUUACAUCAAGCAGAGCAUUGCGAGGUCCACCAAUAUCUGGACGUACGUGGCCAGCAGCGGGUUUCGCCUGCUGGAAACCAUGGAUGCUAAUCAGAGCUACCAGAAAACCUCUGUUCGCGUAGAUGACCUUUCCGAGCAGAUGCUGAUCAUUCUCCAACCCUCAAGUGCUCGGCUCAGCGUUUGGCCGCUGAAAGCAACAGGGGUGGAGGCAGCAUGGCUCGAUGGCAAGGUGGAUGGAAGCUUCAGCUUGACUGCUCGGAGGUUCUCUGUGCCAGGUCAGCCGUUCCGGCCAGAAGUGAACUGGAACCACGGACCGGGAACUCACACCGGCAACUACGGCACGUACAAGCGCUUCUUUUCCGUGAUGCAUGCUGACGGCCGGGAGGGCGUCGUUUGGCAGGACUUCACCAACGAGGCCGUGAAGCUGACGUGGCUCGCUGCAGAUUUCCUGUCCUCGCAGACCGUUCAGCUUUCGGCGCUGUCAUCAACAAUCUUUGUCGGGGCGGUGGGCGAUGGCACCGGAAACGUGGUCCUCCUCCUGGGCGCUGCCGGGUCUCCGACCGACAAGACAGCCACGAGCUCAGCGGAGGUUGUGAAGUAUGACGCCGCUGGCAACGAGGUCCUGAGGGCCGCGCUGCCUUCAGGCAAGUCAGAUCUCAACAUCUAUGCCUUCUCCUCCUCCGGUGCAUCUUUGGCAUGGGACACGGGCUCAGGCACCAUCGCCGUGUCCCUUGCUCGGACCAUGACGAAGGCCAGUGACGGCUUGAACCACCAGGGUGGCAUUGCCUUUGUGCUGGACGCGAGCACCCUGCAGAUCAUUUCGAACUAUGGCCAGACCUCGGGACAUUCGUUCGCAAACUCCUUGAAGGUGUCGCAGAAAGCUGGCUGGUACAUUGGCAAGGACUUGGGUGACAACUACCCUCGUGGCAUCAACUUGUGGGAACUGAAGGCUACGUCCAAGUCGUGGCAGAAGCGGCUGGUGUACAAGUUCAAGACGAAGCAUGGCACGAGCGAGACAAGCCCGGCGGGCGCAACAUACCCUGUCUACUCCGAGAUCUCCACGUCGGGGCAGACGUACUACAAGUGGAGCAAUGACAACUACAUCUACACCGAGCUGGCGCAUCCGGGGCUUCACGAGGUCAACGACACGAUCCUCGUGUUCUUCACUGGCGAGGCCCCGCCGCUGGACAACGGAGUGGUAGGCCAGGCACUGAACGUUGCUCGGAAUGUGGGGUUUGUCAAGAUACCACGGGAUUUGAGCAGUGACGCAGUGCUGUCGCCUGGUGCAGAAGAGACAGGCGGAUUCUACACCUUCGGCGGCGGCUGGUCUACACAGACAAACCGCGGAAUCAGUUUCCUCACGUCCAAGACGGAUGUAGCUGAGUCUGUGAGCCGCCUGAAGACCGCGGAGCUAGGUGGAGCCAUUUUGCUCAUCUGGGAGGUUUGGUCUCGAACCGCCUACAACAGAAGUGAAUGCAUGAUCGUCGACACUGAUGGCGCAGUGCUGCAGAGUGAGACCUUGUUGACCUACCCCUUGCAACUUCCCUUCGCUGACGACGUCAUGGUCAUCGACGGCAAAAUGGUUGCCUACGUCGGGUCACCAGAACAGCAGCUUGUCCGCCUGGAGUUCUGCUACCAGGGCUGUGACGCUCCCUUAAGCUUGGGGACGACGAGCACCGUGAACCCCACUGGCAGUUCUGGCAAUCCAGGCGAUUCAUCUUCUUCAGGUGGUGAGCUCGCCAGGCUGAGCAUGGCCUUGUUCUUGUUGCUAGCAGGACUGGCGGCUGUCAAAGACACCUCAGGACUGCCCAUGCUCUGA